AUGGAAAGGACCAUCAAUAACGUAAUACCAAUAAUGAUCAUAUUUACCAAAGUAAGACUAAUCUACCUGAUUUGGGACAAAAAGCAUCAUUUCACGCUUUACACAAUGCAUAGUGGCAACAAUUUAUUUUUUGCAGUUAAACAAGCAAAUUAUCAUUUCACAAUCUACAGAAAUAACAAAAAAAAAUUGUAUAUCACCGACUUCAAAUGCUGUAUGGAAUUUGUACAUAUGGAUCAACUCUCAUCCACACCACCAAACAGAGCACACACAUGGAAAGAUAUUAGCAGUGCUCUUUAUGAUGGUUUGGAAGUGAUACCAACACGCCAUGUCAGCCCUCGAACCAAAUCAAGAAAUCAUUCCAAUUGCAGUGUAGACGUUGUUGAUACAAUCAUAAAAGGAAAUUACGCUUCUUGUAUGGAAAAGGAAAUUAUGGAACAACCGAAAAGUAUUGCACAAACUAUGUUAGGUCGAGUAGAUUUUGAUAACUUUGAAGUGAACUUGAAAGGUCUUGAUGGUUAUUUGGAGGAAAUCAUAAGGAGUCGAAGAAUCAUCUUGAUUGGUGCUGCUUCUAGUUAUCACGUUGCUUUAGCGUGUCGGCAAACCAUAGAAGAGCUUUCAGAGCUUCCCGUGUUCGUUGAAUUGGCCAGUGAUUUUUUAGACCGUGAAGUACCAAUUUUUCGUGAUGAUGUAUGUAUUUUAAUCAGUCAGUCAGGAGAAACAAGUUCUGUCCUAAAGGCUUGUUUGUAUUGUAAAAAACAUGACGCUUUAGUGAUGGGAAUAACCAAUGAAGAAAACAGUCGUUUAUCAGAUGAAACUCACUUCGGUAUUUCGGUCAACGCUGGUGUUGAAAUGGGAAUCACAAGCACUAAGACUUACACAAGCCAAUUUUUAGUUUUAGUAAUGUUUGCAUUGAGAUUAGCUGGAGACAAGAAAUCGAAAAAGGCUCGAAUUCAAAAUAUUAUUUCCGAAGCAAAACUGUUGCCUGAGAAAAUUGAUAAAGUUUUUAAUUUGUGCAAAUCUUUGAAGCAGCUAGCGGAAAGUCUACAGCAUAAACCAAGCAUUUUAAUUUUAGGUAGAGGGUACCAACAAGCCACUAGUUUGGAAGGUUCUUUCAAAUUUAAAGAGGUUGUUAAUAUCCAUUCUGAAGGUAUUCAUUCUGGCGAACUAAAGCAUGGUCCGCUUGCUUUAAUUUGUGAAGAAAUGCCAAUUAUUAUGAUAAUUAUGAGAGAUGCCAUUUAUGAUAAAUGUAUAAAUGCGAUAGAGCAAGUCCGAGCACGAGGUGGGAAGCCUAUUGUUGUUUGCGAAGAAGGUGACGAAGCCACAAGUAACCUUGCACAUACUUCAAUAUGUAUACCUAAAACUGUCGAUUGUUUGGCAGGCAUAUUAGCAGUCAUUCCAUUUCAGUUACUGGCAAUGCAUUUGGCUGUUUUACAUGGUAGCUUUAGUGAAUCAACGUUAGAAUGUUUCAAUUUCAGUACUAUCUUAAUAACAUACCCCACCAUUUUCCUGUUGUUAGAUGUUAACCUUGUAUGGUAUCGUUAG